UGAUACCAGCCGCAGGCGCAUAGCAUCAGCGAUUUGCCUUCAACCGGCGUCGCCUCGCGCCACUUUCGUUUGGUACUUGUUCUUCAUCCACAUUAUACACACACAAAAACAUAGAUACUUGCAUAUAUAUCUAGAUUUUAUGUUCCGAAUAUGCGAAGAUUGGAUGUAUUAAUUGUGAUUAUUUAUUUAUUAGGUUAAGGUUAGGUCUGUAUGUUCAUAGUUGAUUCGAGCAGGGUGUUGCGAAUGAAGUGAAACGCGAAAAAAAUUGAAAAUUUUAUUUUAAUUCAGAUUAAUCUUUUGCUUAGGCACUCGUAGUUGAGGUUUAUGUAUCUGUAUGUUUAUAGUUGAUUCGAGUAAGGUGUUGCGAAUGAAGUGAAACGCGAAAAAAAAUUGAAAAUUUUAUUUUAAUUCAGAUUAAUCUUUUGCUUAGGCACACUUAGUUGAGGUUUAUGUAUCUUGUUUUUUUGUUUUUUUGUUUUUUUCGUUUUUUUUUUUUCAGCGCAGAGCAUUAGCUAUAGAGUAUGUAGUUGGCUGUAACAUAUUUGCUCGUGAUUAUGGGAUCCCAUAUUUUUAUUUAUUUAUUAGUAUUUCCCAUUAAUUUUUUUUAUUUAUUUGGUUUACAUGCUCGUGGUAUUUCCCUUUUUUUUUUUUUUUUUUUUUUUUUCCUCUAUUAUUUAUCUUCAUUAUCUUGGAUUCCAGUAGUAUUCUCAAUAUGACGAUCAAUGAACUCGAAGAACAAGUUACCGCCCUUGCUACUAAGAUAGACGCGAUGAUGCGUGAUAAUCAAGCUAGUUUUCAGCAAAUUCACCCAAUGUUGCAGCCUCUAACAGAUAGGCAAGCAGCACAAUCCAUUCCUGAUGACGGCGACCAUGAUCCGUAAGUUGGUCCGAUUAUUCAAGGUUGAACUCUCUGAAUUGAUUUUCCACACAGUAUAUUCAUGGCUCAUUCAGACAAGGUAUUGGGAAUGAAGUAAGUCAAACCGUGUUGAAAAUUUAAUGUUAAUUCAGAUUAAUUGUUGCUUAUGCACACUUCAAUUGAGGAAGGCUGCUUUGCUUAAUUUAAUUAUUUUUAAAAUAAAAAAUAAAAAAUUCCAGCUUAGAACAUUAGUUAUGGAGUUUGUAGUUGGCUAUAGAAAUUUGCGAUCCCAUAGUUUUUAUUUAUUUAUUUUUUAGUAUUUCCCAUGUAAAUAUUAGAUUUAUUUGGUUUACAUGCUUCUGAUUUGUGUGGUAUUGUGUUUCUCAUUAAUUGUUAUUUGUUGCAUCAGCAAAAUGAUUUCCAGAAACAAUUCCUGCUUCUUCCAAGUUGCGACUUGGUUCAUUAAGAAAUUUACUUUGCAACAACUCACUGUCAUUAAUGGUUACAGUAUGAAAAACACUUCCUGUUACAAGGAUGAAAAAUCUUGCAUGUAAGUUCAAGUAUGAGAAAUCUUAUAAGGAAAGGGAAGAACAUUAGUUUGUCUUCUUUACCUUUAUCCAAACAAGAAUAUAUGUUAUUGCUAUCCUUUCCUUUCCUUCCUUCAUAACUUAUCCAAACACGAGAAAAUGAUUCAGCUAUCGUUCAUGCCAUCCUUCCUUAUCCCAAGUGUUCUACUGACAAUGUUUUUUUUAGGGGCACAGAUUGGAGAUUGGGGAAAUGCCUCUCCGCAAUGAUGUGCUUCACACAGAUGAAUUGUAUUCUGAAGAUGAGUUUUCUGAAGAAGAAUACCCUGAAGAAGAGUAUUUUGAAGAAAGUCAACUGGAUUUGUCUGGAUGGUCAUGGCUGCCCUAGAGAGGGAGACUCCGUUAUCAUCAUCAAAUAAGUUCAGGUUUUUAUUUUUUUGUGCUGUGAAAGGUGAUGACACACCUAAUAAUUAUAGCUUCAACUGGUACUCUAUUGACUUCAGGGAGGACCGAAAUUCUUCUUCAUUAGCUUCUACCGUAUGUCCUCGUCCAGAUUGUGGGACCAUCCUGUCUUCUGUUUUCAGUAAUAUGCCGCGUAACGUUCCCAGAUAUUUCGUUUCAGUAGCCUUAGGCACCCGAAUUUACCUAAUUGGUGGUCGUACCGGUCAAGGCAGGAAAGCAUCUAUCCAUUCUGAUGUGUUCUAUUUUGAUGUUGUUCAUCCCGAACAAGGUUGGAAGGAAGGCCCUUCCAUGAUAAUGGCCCGAUUUAAGCCGUCUGCUGUCGUGCUUGACAGUAAGAUUUAUGUCUUUGGUGGCGUGGAAUCUACUGGGAUGCUGUAUGCAGAGGUUCUCAAUCCCGUCUCAGAUAAAUGGGAACCAUUGCCUCAACCUACUUUCUUGCUGUCCAAUUUUGUAGCUCCUGUUCAUGCACUUCUCUCAGACGAUAAAAAAGAGAGGCGCCUUCUGUUUCAACCUUUUGAUCGAGAUGCUCUAUUCUCUUACAAUCUGGACACUGGAUCUUGGGAGAUAUUCGACGAAUGCUUUGGCCGUAACUGUUAUAAUGAAACAUCAGUAGCUGUGGAUGGUGUGCUCUACUGCUACUUUUAUCCUAAUGUCUACGCCUAUGACUUGUUGAAGCAGAAAUGGUUCUCAAAGCCAGUCAGGGGUCUUCCUAGGGAGGAUAUGCACCCCCCCUAUCACUACACUGUUUUUUUUAUUUCAUAUAGGUGGUGAUAGACUCUGCUUAUUUUGGUCUAAGAAUUCUCCUGACGGCCGCCCCCUGGUGGUUGCUGUUUGCACUAUAUUCACAGUUCUGAAAGAUUGCACUCUCCACAGUGAAGAGCCUGACUUAACAGCUAAUAUUGAGUCUGUGACUCGCCAUUAUGGUGAUGGCCAUGACUGCAAAUAUGGCAUUGCUCUAUAGGUUGUGCACCUUUGCAUCAUGCUCCUAUUGCACCUGUUUGAUACUGCUUCUGCCUCGUAUUCAGGCUGCUUAGAACACUAGUACAUUGUGUUCAUGUCGUGUGAGGACAUGGAUAUCACGAUUAUUAUUACACGGGUAGCAUGACACAACAUACGUUUAAUAAAUAAUUCUAGACACAACACGGCACGUUUAAGUAAUUUUCUUACAAGAAUAUGGUACAUUUAUUAAUGUAAUACAGAUGGUUCAAUGUUCUAUAUCUUCUCACCCGGAUGAUUAAGGCAAGUCUUAGGUGUCAUUUGGGCAAAUUCAAUGCUUGAAAUGAAGUUAUUAGAUUAAGGUUUAGUUGUUUUUGAUAUAAUUGUUAUGUGUCUAUGCUAUUUAAAUAUAUUAUCUCGUUUUUCCAUUAAUGGUCGUCACUUCAAAUUUUUUUUCACAUUCUCAUUUGUAAUUUUUUUUUUUUUGUUUUUUAUAACCACUGGGCUAUUAAUGUACCAGCAAUAUCCAGUGAACAGCGUCUGAUUUUUUGAGCGUAUGUGCUCGUGUUCAAAUCAUUCCUGCCCUUUCUUUUUCCUGCUAGAUUAAUGUAUCAUUACAUUAUCACUGUUCAAAUAUUUAUUAAGUAAACAUUUCAUAUACUUUAUAUUAUAUCAAUUAAUUUUCAUACAUUUUAAUUCUAAGGCUCAUCGCUCGAAAGUUCCCACUUUGAACUAUUGGUAUUUAGCUUUUAAAGGACUGGGAGCUAUUUCACCCUUUUUUAACCUAAGAUUAUCUUCGAAACGUGGGAGAAUUAAACAUUACCUCUCACAUCACAUGGGGGUAAAAAAACUAUGAAAACAUUUAUAGGCAUGCAUAAUUAUCGAAAUAGUUAAAUAAAUUUAUAACUAGUACAGUUACAAAUAAAAUGGU